UACUGAAUAUAUGCAGCUGAUUAUUUACGAUGAUGUGUUUUCACUUUCUUAAACGGCCUGUGGUCCCAAUUUGUGUAAUUGGCUCUCAUCCAGGAGGCCAAAGGCGAGCCGUCACAUCAUCCCAGCCGACCAAUCAGGAGCCAGAGCGCGGCGAGGGGGCAGAGCUCGCGCGGAGCAGGGAGCUCAAUUAAACAGAGGGGAGCGCAAUUUAAAUCCAAAACACCUCUGGAGGCGCGCCGAGCGGCAGGAAACACACACACACUCACUCACACACUCACUCACUCACACACACGCUCUGCCGCGGCGGGUGCAGCUGGAGUGUCCGGUGCUGUGGACUCGCUGUCCGCUCGGGUCGCAGAAGAGCCUCGCAGGACGCGCAGCGGAGUCUGUGGCCUUAAUGCUCCAGAUUUGUUUUUGUGGGGAAACUAACCGGAGGAAGAAGACGCGCUGAGUGUCCCUCCUCUGCCGGUCUCCGCCGCCUCCUCUCCUCUGCAGCACGGAUGGAAUGGUUCUCUUUAACGGGAUUAUCGCAGCUCUGAGCUCCGGUUCCCUCCCAGAGGCUCCUCCGGGGGUCUGUCCUCCGUCCGCCGCCGCCCACAGCGCGUCUUCUCCGGUCUCCUCCGAGCUGCGGCGGUCGUUCAUAUGAGCGCAGCGUUCAGUCCGUCCUUCAUGGUGAUGCAGCGGCCACUCGGAAGCACCACCGCCUUCAGCAUUGACUCUCUGAUCGGGGGGCCCCCGCAGCCCAGCCCGGGACACUUUGUCUACACUGGCUACCCGAUGUUCAUGCCGUACCGGUCGGUGGUGCUGCAGCCGCCGCCCCCGCCGCCCCCGGGCCUGCAGCAGGCUCUUCCGGCCGGCCACCACCCGCACCCGCAGAUCCCCAGCCUGCAGAGCGGCUUCUGCUCCAGCCUGGCGCAGGGCCUGACGCAGGGCAUGGCGCUCACCUCCACGCUCAUGGCGUCGCUGCCCGGCGGCUUCUCGCCGUCCCAGCAGCACCAAGAGGCGGCCAGGAAGUUCGGCUCGCAGGCGCUGCACGCGGUCUUCGACAAAACUCAGGAGCUGCGGCUGGACGCGGAGGACGGGAAGAGUUUCCUGCAGGGCAAAGAGUCCGCGGCGCUGCAGGCUUUCCACGACUCGGACACGUCGCUGCAAACAUCCACAGUCAGAGCACACAGUAAAGAAGACUCCAAGGAGGACGAGUGCGGCCGGAAAGACGAGAGUUUCUCCAUGGACAGUGACUUGGACUACAGCUCCGACGACAACCUCACCUCCAUGUGUCACAAGGAGGACGGGGACGGCGGCGCAGGAGCUUUGGACGACGGCCCGCACCUGCACGGCUCCUCCGGCGGCGGCGGCGGCGGAGGCGGCGGCGGGAGCGGCGGAGGCGGCAAGAACCGGCGGCGGCGGACGGCGUUCACCAGCGAGCAGCUGCUGGAGCUGGAGAAGGAGUUCCACUGCAAGAAGUACCUGUCGUUAACCGAGCGCUCCCAGAUCGCGCAUGCGCUGAAGCUGAGCGAGGUGCAGGUGAAGAUCUGGUUCCAGAACCGGCGCGCCAAGUGGAAACGCGUCAAGGCCGGAAACGUCAAUAACAAAUCCGGGGAGCCGUCCAGGAACCCCAAAAUAGUGGUGCCCAUCCCGGUGCACGUGAGCCGCUUCGCAAUAAGGAGUCAGCACCAGCAGAUGGAGCAGGCCAGACCGUAGAAGAAGAACAGACUCCUGACUGAGAGGCGAAGCGGAUCCCGUUCCGUCACAAACACGUUUCACUUUCGUUUAUUUAAGAGCAUCACAUUGAAACCCUGCAGGUUUUUAAGUCCGUCUCAUCAGCUUCAGUUUGACACCGGAAUCUGACAGC